AUGAAGGUGAAUAACUUCGUAUGGUGGCUCUCAUGGUCUAGUUUGGUGAUCGCCUCGCCCUUGGAAGAGCGAGCAGCCAGCUCUUUUGUGUGCAACAAUGCCCAAGUCAAGGCUUUACGAUCGAGCAAUGCCAACUGCUAUUGCUCUUCGUAUCUUCAGAUUCCAGUUUCGACUGUCACAAAACUCACGACUCUAACAUCAACGAUACGAACGACAACCACGAAGAAACAAAUCUCGACCAAGUUGAGCAAUGCCCAGUUACGUAUAUGUAACAAUAACUCGGACCGUAACGCCUCAAGCAUCACAAGCACUAUCAAUGCGCAAGCGGAGACACCUAGAUCAUCAUACAGAACUGGCCAAGAGAGCCGCUUCCUCGAUUUGCGCGACGCCGACAAUGUUCAAGAGCAUGAACAAAGCGGCUAUAUCAAGUGCUUGCAAAUGCUUGUCUAUAGCGCCUUCCAGACUCACUACGACCAAGACCGUCACAACACGUAUCACCCAGAUUUCAACAAAGACUACGAGCUCUACUGCUCUCCGAGGAACGACUAUCAAACAGAGUCUCACUGCAUCAACGACAGUCACAGCUCAGUAGCACUCCUACAAGCUCUUUACGAAACGAAGGUGUCUCAAAGUCUACACCAAAGUCUUCCAGUCGGUCAGCGAGCAGUCUGUCCACAACUCAAUCGACAAGACGUUCAAUUUCUGGCAGCCAAGUACCUAGCAGCAAGUCUUCAAUCUCUACAUCGAGCAAUAGGCCGGCUGCAUCGUCGACAGCUCAGUCUGCGAGUAGUAUUUCGUCAAGCGCUCGACCCGUCAGCGCUAUCAGAUCGACCAGUACUUCAAGCGAUAGACCAGUUAGCUUUCCGAGCAGCAGUCGGCUACAAACUAUCGAGCAUUUCAACAAGCAAGCCAUCGAGUAUCCUCACGAGCAAAUCAUCUAGCACCUCAACGAGCAAGCCAUCUAGCAUUUAUACGACCAAAUCCUCCACAAAUUCAAUUAGCACUGGUUCAAGCAAAACUUCGAGCAAGGUCUCCACUACGUCAACGAGCAAAUCAUCCAUGAUCCCGAGCAGUAGUCAAAAAACGACGACCAAAGCUCUAGAGACAGCAUCGACUAGAGCAUAUCCAUCGCAAGGACCGCUGUACACACCAAACACAAACGCAUGUGCCUCAAGAACUGUCAGGUCUUCGGUCAGUACGAUUACUCGAUCUAAGUCAUCGACAAUGUCCACCUCGAGCAAAUUUGUCACUGUAUCAACCUCAUCGUCCACAACAAGCAAAGCAUCGACAUCCAGCUCGAGCAAGCUAUCCACCAUACCAAUCUCGUCGUCAACGACGAGCAAGUUCACAACCUUGAGCUCAACUCGAAGCAGUGAGACACCCAAGUUCACGUUCCCCUCCAACAGCACAAUCUCAGCGUCCAUAACAACAAGCCAAUCAUCAAGCUCUGCUGUCCCAGCAGUCAACCAGAAACUCAUCUUCGACGACCUCUCCACCAACACCACGACCAACACCAACGGCACCACAACCGACCCACCUUUCUUCGCCGCCAACUCGACAUCCAUGAACAUCAGCACCUUUUCCCCUAAUAACCCCUUCCAUCUGCAGUCAAUGUGUACGUCCGGUCUCGACAUCAGUGGUUUGUACGCAGUCCUCAUCUCCACAAGUGGUAAUCCCACGUUGCAAUUUACUUCCUCUGCUUCUCUUGCCUCAGCAUUCUACCUCUCAACCUCUGGAUAUCUAUAUGUUUUGCCCUCUACCACAACGCCAUGGGCAUCAUAUUCAGACGAAAAGUUGAUAGCGAAUAUCGAUAAAGGGGUCUCAGAGAUGGAUUUGUUCUUUGGUGAAGAGGGAGAAAUCGCAGACGAUGGUGCGGAAAGAGCAGUAUGCAAUGUUGAUGCAGAAGGAUUGUUGCAGUGUAAGACUAGCGGCACUGAAGAGGUGUUGUAUUGUGCAAGCGAGGGAACGAUAAGAUUGGCGAGUUGUGUUCUGGAAGGGUGCGAUGCUGCUGAGUUGGGGGUUGUAUAUAUCUAA